ACCACAGAAGAAUGCUGUCAUGACCAAAGAAUGUGAAAGGAGAAUGAAUCCUUUUCAGAAACGUUGACAAUCUCUCUAAUAUACAACCUUCCAUUAAUUGUCAAUAAAAGGGAAAGAGAGUUUCAUAACUGGAACUUAUUAUUUCCCCUAGCUGCACAAAUCAUUCCCUCUAUUCCACCUUCUAGUUGGUUAGUAAUUGACAAUCUUCUAAAAAGUGCUUCCAACUUAAAUGUUGUCUGUACACGAUUAUGAGCCCGAAUUAUUGAUGUUGCUCCGCUUAGUGUUCAAGCACUAAAAGAUUGUUUAUGGUUAACGUGUAAAGAAUGUUCCAUUUCACAGAGAAGUUCUUGUAUUUUUAAUAAUGACAUAAGAUCUAUCCGGUACUAUGAUUCUAACUGUUUCUGGUCAGGAUGUUAUCAGUUUACUCACUGAUUUAGUCGAUAGUCAGUUAACGCCAUUCAUCCACAAUAGCACAUGGUGGUCAGGAUUAGUUUUUGAAUUGCCAGAACUCAAGAAUAUGCAUAUAUCACCAGAAGAAGUGAUCCUUGAUCAAUAUCAUCAAUUAUUAGGAGAGUGGAUUGAUGUAGCAGUUAAAGUAAGCUGGUCAAAAGAAACCGUAUCAUCAGAUUUUGUGAAUCAGAAUGAUCUUCAAAUUAAUUUAAUUGGUUGGGAUUCUGUAUAAGGAUAUACCAGCAUGCGUGAAUAUCAUGCAUUUGUUCAUUUUAUCUUGUAAUUAAGACAUAAAAUAUAUCUUUAUAACUGUA